UGGGCGUGUCUUUAAAACGGUGCGACCAAAGAGACAUCCAUGUGAGGAUCAUGCUCUAAGGAACGAACGCAGUUGUCGAAAUGACGCCGACGGUGAAACCGUCUCCGGAAGUGGAUCCAAUGAAUAGAAGUCAACAGUCUGAUGAUCUGAAACAAACGAAUGUCUUCAAAGAUAAAAACCCAGAAUGUCAGAGUGGUUCAGAGACAGAGGAGGAACCUUUGCUCCAAGAGAACCCCAGGCGGUUUGUCAUCUUCCCCAUCCAGUACCCCGACAUCUGGAAGAUGUACAAGCAGGCACAGGCCUCUUUCUGGACGGUGGAGGAGGUUGAUCUAUCCAAAGACCUGACACACUGGGACAAUUUGAAACCUGAAGAGAAACACUUCAUCUCCCACAUCCUUGCCUUCUUCGCUGCCAGUGACGGUAUCGUCAAUGAGAACCUGGUGCAGAGGUUCAGUCAGGAGGUGCAGGUCCCUGAAGCACGCUCCUUCUACAGCUUCCAGAUCCUCAUAGAGACUGUUCACUCAGAGAUGUACAGCACACUCAUCAACACUUACAUUAGGGACCUGAAGGAGAGGGAGUAUUUGUUCAACGCCAUUCAGACCAUGCCUACUGUGAAACGAAAAGCAGACUGGGCCCUACAUUGGAUAAAUGACAGCAAAUCCACAUUUGGUGAGCGAAUUGUGGCUUUUGCUGCCGUGGAGGGAAUCUUCUUCUCUGGUUCAUUCGCUGCCAUUUUUUGGCUCAAGAAGAGAGGCCUAAUGCCGGGGCUCACCUUUUCCAAUGAGCUGAUUAGCAGGGAUGAGGGCCUGCACUGUAACUUUGCCUGCCUGCUGUACAGAUACCUGGUGAAAAAGCCAUCAAAGGACAGAGUAAAGGACAUCAUCACCAAAGCUGUUAGCAUUGAGCAGGAGUUUUUGACCGAGGCCUUGCCAGUGGAUCUCAUUGGAAUCAACUGCUGUCUGAUGAAACAGUACAUCGAGUUUGUGGCUGAUCGGCUUCUCCUUGACCUCGGAUUGGCUAAGGUUUACCAAGCGGAGAAUCCCUUCGACUUCAUGGAGGCCAUUUCACUCGAAGGGAAAACCAACUUCUUUGAGAAAAGAGUAGCAGAGUAUCAGAGAUUUGGAGUUAUGUCAAGCACAGCAGACUGUGAAUUCACACUGGACGCAGACUUCUGAAACUGAGAUGACGCUCGGUUACAUGCCUGUUACAUUAAACCUAUUUAUUUAUUUGUUUUAUGCAGUAGCUGGCAAGAAAUAGCAACAGAUUAAACCAACAAUUUUCCGGGGAAUGGGAAUAACAAUAUGGUGAACCAUUGUCAAUGGCUAAUUUUGACCUUCACACAGUGCAAAGUUAGUCAAAUAUAAAUAUUGAGAGAGGCGACAAGGAGCAACUAUUUCAUUUCUUCAAAUCUUCUAUUUUCAAUAAUGACAUUAUAUUUUAAUGAUUUCACUUGUGGGUGCUGGCUUCUGUGGUUUUAUGUACAAUAAAGUGUUUUGUAAAAUGAAA